GCACGCAGUGUUACGUCGUCGUCUUUAUCUGAGCUCCUUUUUCAGAGGAAAACAAAGCCAGUUAACAUUGGAAGUCGGUGAAUUAGCAUUAGAAAUAAGCGCCGUUACACGCAUUGUAACUGCACACAAGAUCAACACAGCAACAUCUAACGGAAGUGGCAAGCUUGAAGGUCCAUCAGCUCUCCUAAUGAUACAUCAGCAUUGAGGCUACUUGAAUACUUUCCAAGGAUGGCUAGUUGUGGGGAGGUAGACCACUCUGUUAGCUCCCUACCAUCCAGUAAGAAAGGCAGCAACAGCGGUGGUGGAAGUGGGAACAGUGCAGAAUCAUCAUGCUCUGGCUCCAGCAACUCAUCCCCAGCCUUGUCUGUACCCGAGUGUGCCAUCUGUCUGCAGAGCUGCGUCCACCCUGUCCAGCUGCCAUGCCAUCACGUCUUCUGUUUCCUGUGUGUGAAGGGAGCAUCCUGGCAAAGCAAACGAUGCGCUCUCUGCAGACAGGAAGUACCAGAUGACUUCCUGGAAAGGCCUACACUUCUCUCUCCGGAGGAGCUGAAAGCAUCGGCGGGAGGUCGUGGCGGGGCAGCAAGUGAUCACGCCUGGUAUUAUGAAGGUCGUAACGGGUGGUGGCAGUAUGAUGAGCGAACCAGCCGUGAGCUGGAGGACGCUUUCUCCAAGGGCAAGAAGACGGCUGAAAUGCUGAUUGCUGGGUUUUUGUAUGUAGCCGACUUGGAGAACAUGGUGCAGUAUAGGCGCAAUGAGCACGGUCGUAGACGUAAGAUGAAGAGGGACAUUUUGGAUAUCCCCAAGAAGGGAGUGGCUGGACUGCGUUUGGACGCUGAGGGUGUUAGUGGGGCAAUUGGGGCAGCCGGUCGAGAGAACUCUGCUGAUGGGGCUGAUACCACAGUAGCAGGUGUACAGCAGCAGGUUACAGCUAUCCCCUCUACUGUUACAGCCCCUCCUGCCAGACCUCCCACCUCCCUGGGUGGUCAGCCUGGCAGCAGCAGCAGCCCCACUCUGGAGGAUGCUCUCUCCCAACUGCAAAUUAGCCCCAGGCCCACACCUGCUCACGAGCGGUCUGAGGCUGGGGAAGGAGAGGAAGAAGACGAGGAAGAGGAGGCCUCACCCUCCAGGUCCUCUGACCCUCACACCUCUGUGGACGAGUCUGGCUCCGGAGACUGGAGUGAUGACGAGGAAGAGGAGGAUGAAGAAGAAGAGGGGGGAGAUGGAGAGCGUGUGGAGCCCUGGGAGGAUAGGCCACGGAGGCAAAGACUGAAUCCAGAGGACAGAGCCCCUCCUGGCGCAGAGUCUGCCUCUCCCCCUUCUUCAUCCAGUAGCAGUGGAAGGUCCAGAAUGCCUGAUGGUCAGUGUACAGUGACUGAAGUGUGAAGUCAAUAAUGAUACCAUCAUCACCAAAUGGCUAUGUUCCAUUUCAUUAAUUUAUUCCUCGCUGUAUGCUGUCGUUCACUCUGUCACAGAUCCAAUGUGGGUGGAUUGCUUGAAAAAGAGAAAUUAAGCAUAACAUACUCCAUGUUUUUCACCAAACAACUCAAAUUUGGUGCCUCUAUUUGGCUCACAAUUAUCUGAAAGUAUCACUAUUAUUUGUCAGUUUCUUCCAAUAUAUAGAGAAAUGUUAGUUUUAUGUUCUAGCACUGAGACAGGAGGCACAACUGGGUAAUGAGUCAGAUGGAUACAGCAUGUUGUUGUGAGCCAUGAUGUAUCAUAAGUAACUAUCCAGCACAUCAUAUUAGUUAACAGAAUUUGUUGUUCAGCUGCCAUCAAUCUGCUCACUUUUUGCCAUUUGGUUCCUGGCAUAUAGAGAGUUCUUUUUCAAUUCCACAAACAUGAGUGAAAAAGGUUAAAAAAAAAAAAAAAAAAGACCCAGAGGGUUUCUGGGAGUCUGAGCCAGAUCUGUGACGUUGGAGGGAGAAAGCAUAAAUGGGGAUGUUACUCCUGGAAAUGGAACUGUGUCAUUAUCAUUAUCAUGAACAGCUACAUUCUAAUCAUCUACACUUUAACUCUCUCAGCUAACAUAGCACACAGAAAUGGGCUUGUUAGAGCUCAAGUCAUGUGACUUCUCUUGCAAAGAAUUUAAUCCUUGAUAACUUGUUCCCAAUCUCCACUCUACCUAAAUGAUUUCCUUACUACAGAUGUAACCGAUUAUGAAAGCUUACCUUAAAAAUUAUGAAAUGUAGCUGUUAACUUUUGUGUCAUUUCAGAGCAGAUUGUGGUGUGAAGAAAAUCUUCAGGUUGUUUAAAGAAAGAAUAAGGAGAAGUACUUUGUUAAGAAGCAAUGUGUGGAUUUUUUAAUUUCACAUUGAAUGUGUGACAUCAUUCAGGAGCCCACAGGAUUAUCUGGCUACUUUGUCUUUAAUUUCAGUUCUUCUGCUUCUAAAAUUGGUAAUUACAAAUUCUGUUUUAAAUGUGUGCAUAAAAGUACAGUUAUUUUAAUCUUCCCAGCGUUAAACAAUUGGCAUUAUAAUGUGAAGUAUCAGUGUUUUCCCUUCAAAGUGAGUGAGGUCUCUGUAGCCUCAUUAGUAUUCUUAUUGUCCCCGACUAAAGUAUUCUCAAUUGGUGUGUUUCUAAAGUUUUGUGAUUUGCAUGUUUGAAGAGAGAGUUAUUUAAACACUACUGGUUGACAGGAUGAUGAGGAUUGAUAUUUUUGGGUUGAGUUUGAGUAAAUGUUUUUAAUUUGUUUGCUUUUUGUGUUUCUUAUGGUUGUAAAUCUGUAUGAUGUCUAAGGCAGUAAGAGAACAAGAACAUGUCAUUGCUAUUGGCCGUCCUGCAGAGAUUUCAAGUUAUGUUAUUUUUAUAUUUCUUACAUGCUUACAUCAUCAGCUCAGUCUUUCCAUUCUGAAGAAUAAAGUGUAACAGUUUUUGCUUGGCAACUUUUUUGUUACGUUGUUUGUAAUUUAAGAAUAAAUUGUGUCAUUUCAUCUUAAAACGAA